AUGACAACUCGAUAUAAGCUCUAUGGGAAACUAUUAGACCACUACAUAGAGCCUUCACUUAACACAAACCUUCCUGCAAUUUCAAACACAGCAACCAGCCUUAUCAAGUACCACCAAAAGACUGAAUCAGAUCUCAUAAACUACGAUUUUAAUAGUUUCCUUAACCCUUAUGAAGAAAAGAAAUUCCUAAUCCCUACAUCAGAAGAAGUCUACGAGCAGCUUUCUUAUAGUCCAGUAGAGCUGCCACCAGAAUACCCCAACAUGAGAAGUUUUAGAGGGCUUAUUAAUGAUAAGAAAGCACUAAUAAAAGAUGAAGACAUCAAAAAACACCUUCCUGUAACCUUUACCACUCUCGAAAACUGAUGGGAAUACGAGGACUUCGUAAAAUUUCCUCCUUAUAUGGACCAUUAUCGUAUGAGAAUGCGCGAGUGGCACCGAUAUGUUUUACAAUCAAAAGUCGAAAUCCAGCUAUAUGACCCCUUAUGAAGCGUAAACCCAAAGGACCCGAAUUAUGACUAUUAUAUGUUUUAUUUUUCAACAGCGCUUAAAAAAUACAAGCAAUGGGAAAUACAAAUCCCCACACAUGUGCUUUAUGAGCGUAGCAGGAAAUUCAUUUAUAUCAUGUUUUUAAUCAUGCUGGCAGGAUUUCACGCAUAUGAUUAUACCUGGAAGAGGACAAGAUAUUCUAGAGUUCUUAUUAAUAUGGAUUGGUGGCUUCGUGACUGAAAAGCAUUUUAUAAAUUUACCUCAGUCAAUAGCCCUUUAGGAUAUUUAGGAUCACAUAUAGACCUUCGUUUUUUUACUAGGCCUAUCUUUACCUUUAUUUAUGGGCCAGGCUAUGUGCAGAUGAUGGAUAAACAAAUUAAUCGAUUAAGAGCAGCUUCAAUUGAUGACUUAGAAAAGAUGGUUGAUGAGGAAGCAAAGAAUUUCCCUUUACUUUAA